AGGACUCAUCAUUUCAUUGGCAGCCCUAACAAACGUGCAGCCAGAGCUAUCGUCAGCAUUGGAAACAAGCCUGAGGCCGUGGAAGUAACGUUUGCAGACUUCGACGGGGUCCUCUACCACAUCUCCAAUCCCAAUGGAGACAAGACCAAAGUGAUGGUCAGCAUCUCCCUAAAGUUCUACAAGGAACUACAGGAACAUGGUGCUGAUGAGUUACUGAAGCGAGUCUAUGGCAGCUACCUGGUAACUCCUGAGUCGGGCUAUAAUGUGUCGCUACUCUACGACCUGGAGAACCUCCCUGCCGACAAGGAUGCUCUGGUGCACCAGGCCGGCAUGCUGAAGCGCAACUGCUUUGCCUCCGUCUUUGAGAAGUACUUCAAGUUCCAGGAAGAAGGGAAGGAGGGGGAGAAGAGGGCGGUCAUCCACUACCGGGAUGACGAGACCAUGUACGUCGAGGCGAAGAAGGACCGCGUGACAGUUGUCUUCAGCACGGUUUUCAAGGACGAUGACGACGUGGUGAUCGGGAAAGUGUUCAUGCAGGAAUUCAAGGAGGGGCGACGUGCCAGCCACACAGCCCCCCAGGUGCUCUUCAGCCACCGGGAGCCCCCCCUGGAACUGAAGGACACCGACGCUGCUGUGGGUGACAACAUUGGCUACAUCACCUUCGUACUGUUCCCCCGCCACACCAACGCCGCAGCCCGGGACAACACCAUCAACUUGAUCCACACCUUCCGCGACUACCUGCACUAUCACAUCAAGUGCUCCAAGGCCUACAUCCACACACGCAUGCGGGCAAAGACAUCUGACUUCCUCAAGGUGCUAAACCGAGCCCGGCCUGACGCCGAGAAGAAGGAGAUGAAAACAAUCACGGGGAAGACGUUCACCGCCCGCUAGCCCCUGGCAGGGCCAGGCCGUAUGCCACCACCUCCCCCUCGCAUGAGCAGGU